AUGGCUAGAGUUCCUGGUAACAAUCUGUCAAACAAGAGUACAGAGAAGAUGCUUAACUGCUCAACUAGUGCUCACUCUUCGAUUUUCAGUUCUAGUCUUCAAGUCAUCACUCCAAAAUUGACCAGAGAUAAUUACCGAGACAAUUAUCAUUUUUGGAGGUCUCAAGUUCUCUCUAUAGUAGGAGCUCACGAUCUUGGAGAACACCUAACAGGUUUGAUUCCAUGUCCAGAACCUCUUAUUGCUUGUGAUGAUGAUUUGAAAGAGCUAAGCUCAAGUGAAAUUAAGGAAACCCUAGGAAAAGAGAAGAUUAAUCUGGAUCAAGUGUCGAAAUGCAAGUUUUCUACUAAUAUCUGGUUCACACUUGAAAACGAGUUCUUGGCUGAUUCUAAAGCCAGAGCUUUGAAUUUGAAAAACCUACUUCAAACCACACAAAAAGGCAAUCUGACUGUGAGUGAAUAUGUGAAGAAAAUGAAAGGAAUUGCUGAGAGUUUAUCGUCCAGUGGUCAGAUUGUUUCAGAUGAAGAAGUGUUACAGUAUGUCUUAGAUGGAUUAGGUCCAGAGUUUGAUGCGGUUGUCGUCAAUCUGACUUCUAGGAUUGAAUCCAAGUUUGAUUCAAUUACUUUACAAGAGGCUCAAUUCCUACUGCAGAAAUAUGAACUGAGACUUGAGAAAUUUAAUUCUCCUGACUUUCCAAAUUAUUCAGUCAAUGUGGCAUCACUCAAUCCAAACUUAACUAAGUCUCAGCUUCCUUGUCACAACUCAACGUUAGGACAUUUAAAUUCUGUUGAAGGUUCUUCUAGAAGUACUGGAUCUGGACUUUUUGGAUCAGUCAACCAUAAUGUUCUGCCACAGAAUGCUUUGUCUGUACCAUCAUAG